CUAAUGGUUGUGAUGUCUGUAUCAGUGAUCCAGGCGUUGGGCGAGCAGUUGAAGGUGAAGCAGCAGGUGGUGGCCACAGCUAUCGUCUACUUCAAGCGCUUUUAUGUACGAAAUUCGCUCAAAUGCAUCGACCCGUUGCUGAUGGCGCCCACCUGUGUCUUCCUGGCCUCUAAAGUCGAGGAGUUUGGCGUCAUUUCCAACAACCGUCUCAUCUCCACGUGUCAGACCGUCGUUAAGAACAAGUUCUCGUAUGCCUUCCCACAAGAGUUUCCGUACCGAAUCAAUCACGUCCUCGAAUGCGAGUUCUAUCUCUUGGAAAUGAUGGUCUUUACGGAUUGCUGUUUAGUUCUAUACCAUCCCUAUCGACCACUUCUGCAAUACGUUCACGAAUGGAAUAAUAAGGAGACUAUUCUUCCGACGGCCUGGAAUGUAAUCAAUGACAGUUACAGGACAGACAUAUGCCUCCUGUACGCACCCCAUCAGAUAGCUUUGGCAUGUCUUCAUAUGGCGUGUGUUAUCACUCAAAGAGAUUAUAAGCAAUGGUUUGCUGAACUCAACACAGACUUAGAUAAGAUCCUUGAGAUUACGCGACAUAUUCUUAAUUUAUAUGAAUUGUGGAAAAAUUUCGACGAGAAAAAAGAGAUUCCGGCGCUAUUGGCUAAAAUGCCUAAACCCAAGUGCCAAACCUCGAGGCCUCCUUCACAGGGAGGGUCUCAGAGCGACGGCCAGCCCUCCACUCAAUCACAGAGUUCACAGAAUACAUCGACAGCUAAUUCUAGUUUAUCCCAAUCAACCAACUGAUCCCUCCAUUCAACUCCACUCUUACUUUGCAUUCAUUUGUCAUUUCAACUCAUCAAUGGAUCCAACUGUGGAUCACAUAUCAUGUGUACCAGUGCUUCAUUCCAGUGAUAAAUCAAAUUCUUAUAUUGA